AUGGUGUUUGUGAAUGAUAGGUGGGUGAAAACUAGGUUUGCAAAAGAAACUUUGGGUAUUAAUGCACUAAAAAUUGUUACAAGUAGUACAUUUUGGGAAUAUGUUGAUUACUCAUGUAGUUUGCUAAAGCCUUUAGUUAAGGUUGUAAGGUUAGUGGAUAUCGAACGCAAACCUACAAUGCCUUGUUUUUAUGAUGCAAUGAGAAUAGAAAGGGAUCAACUUGAGGAGAAUUUCAGUGAAGAUAAUGAUACUUGGGAUAUUCCAUCUCAUUUAACGGAUAAUGAUCCAAAGUACAUAGAAAUCAAAGGGGGACUUCAUACAGCUAUGCAAAGGCUUAUAACCAAUGAAUAUGAAGGUGAUCAAGCAACAAGUGAAUUGAGACUGUACAGUGAUGCUUAUGGGCUCCUGGGAACUCCGACUUUCAAAAGAAGAAGAGACAAAGAUAAACCUCGUAAGUUUGCCGGUUCUAUGAUUGGUGGAUUACAUAUGGAGGAAUCGAUUGAUGUGCCACACCUACAAAAAUUUACAAUCAGGGUAUUGAGUCUUACUUCUUCUGCUUCCACAUGUGAGCGAAACUGGAGCACAUUUCAGAAUUUGUACUCCAAGAAGCGGAAUCGCAUAAAACAACAAAAAUUGAAUGCUAGUGUCUUUAUCCAAUAUAACAAGAAAUUGCAGCGUCAUUAUAAAGAAAUUGCAGAAUAUAACGAUAAUGAGAAAGCUCGUAAUCCUAUUUUUCUUGAUGACCGUGAUGAAAAUGAUGAAUGGUUGGAUCCACAAAACUUGGAUGACUUGGUUGUGCAAGGUGAUAGUGUAAAUUUAGAGAAUUUGCAAGAUAUUCUUGGUGAAGAAAGUGGGCCAGUUGGUACUAGAGGUGCAUGUAGCUCUCGAAGUAAGUCUACUUACCCAACCGACUCUGAGUAUGACGGAUAUGAUACUGAUGAAUUGAUGUUAGGCACUGAGUAUGGACUACUUGGUGGAGCUAAUGGAGUUACUGAAGAUGAUGAUAUCUAUAAUGUCGCGCAUGAUUUGAUUAAAAUUGUAGUGGACUUCACAGUUAUUUAA